AUGAACUCGUUCGUCAACGACAUCUUCGAGCGCAUCGCGGGCGAGGCGUCGCGCCUGGCGCAUUACAACAAGCGCUCGACCAUCACGUCGCGCGAGAUCCAGACGGCCGUGCGCCUGCUGCUGCCCGGCGAGCUGGCCAAGCACGCCGUGUCCGAGGGCACCAAGGCCGUCACCAAGUACACCAGCUCCAAGUAAGCCUGCUAAGUAAGCGUCUUGUCAUCCAACCCCAAAGGCUCUUUUCAGAGCCACUUCAAUUCUCAUCCAAAGAGUUGUAACGUGUAGAAUUUGUGUGUAACGUAAUCUACGCGUAAUUGUGACGUUGCUUUUCCUUCUGCUCAAAGUACAAACGUGACUGUUUCCUCUGUACUUGGUAAAGCAGGUCCUGGACCCUGGAGCUUAGCGUGUAUCUAAUGCCUAGUUGGGUCUUACAGGCUUUUGAGGCGGGAAGGGAGGAAGGCAGGAAGGAGAAUGGAGGCCCCUUUUUUCCCCACAACAACCUAACCAUGGCCUUCGUGCAGCAGGAGCAGUGCCACCACCCCCUUCCCCCUCUCUGGACUCUACACUCCCAGACUCCUUUCCACCCCAGCUCCUCUGCCCCUCUUCCCCUUCGGACCAUCUUCCACUUGUCCUAUUCUGCAGACUUACAAAUUCUCUUACCUUGUUUCCUGUGCCACAGCCCUUUAUGUGGCUACUGUUUCUACUGCUUACUUCCCUUGUCUCUGGGAGUACUUUAGUUUUGCUUUGAAGCAUUCGACCACCUGUGUUAACUUUUAAAUCUAUUUAUAACAACUGAUACUUUUCAACUUUCCUGAAUGAUGCACAGCUCUAAGCCUCCAUGGAUUUAAAGGGUCAUGACUACCUUACAUUGGAAAGCAUCUGCAUACUGCACUCUCUCCCUCCAUUGGCACUUUGAAAAUCGUACAAGGUACUUUUGCUUUCAAGGGAUUUACCGGCCUCAGGUUUAUCAGUACCAAGUCUUCCAGGCAGGGAAUGUAUUUAUUCCAGGAUUCAGAGGUGAAUUGAAUUUGAAGUCAGCUGAUGGCGUAUGGACAUGGGGUUUCCUUUCCUGGCCUCAGCAAGCCUUCCAUUUUGGCUGCCUCCCCCACUUAAGGAAAGCUGAACAAAGAGUGCACCGAGGAAAGAGAUGAGAUAUGUAUCCUAGAGCUGGAGAGAGGAGACAAUCUAUGUAAAAAGUACUGUUCGAUGAGAAGUGUCUGAAUUCCGUCCAGACGUCUUUGAAGAGUCCGAAGACAUGGGUUGGAAUGUUCUGCCAUGGAAAUGAGCUUUGGUUCUCACACCCACUGUCUACUUUAUAAAAUGACAGUAUUAGCAAAUAAAAAAUUACUAAAAUAAA